GCUUUUGUUUUUGGAGUAGGCUGUUUCUUUCUGGCAUGAACUUUAGGGAGAGUUCCACGGCUCUCGUCGUCUUCCCACCAUAUUCUACCCGGUUUGAAGUGAGGUUGCUCAAAUAAGUUUCCCAGAGAAGACGGAGCAUUAAAAUGGAGGGGUCGAUACAAACGUGAGUUUACCAUAAGCCGAAUUGAAAUAUGGCGCCUCGAACCGAUGUCCAAGUCCGUCUCCAAUUUAAGAUCAAAAAUGGAUGAAGAGCCCCCAAUCGUCCGUCGCUUGAGCUGAAGGUCGACUAUGUGAGGUGUAGGACAAUCACAUGUCCAAUAACUUUGCAGAGCAGAAUGCAAGCUACUUGCGUGUUGUCUGAUGCUUUCGAAUACGCUUCCCCAAGUCAAUCGGGCUGUUCAAAGCUCGUGAGGUUGGAGUCCAGGCUCACCUUGCCAUUCUUCGAGGAGAGAAUAUCUUGCAUCUCUAUUAUGACCUCAUUCAAAGACCUGGUCGUGCUCAUAUAUAUAGCGUAUGAUGAUCCAAGUCGACUCCGCAGCAAGUCGGCAAGUUUUCCUCGCUGCCUUCCAUAGUGGUCCAGGUCUGAUUGCCCGGUCACGAAACCUUGAACCUCUACUUGUGACAUAUCUGUAGAAUCCAGGAAGCGUUCUAGCAUUUGGCCGUACAACUGCUUCUCGAUGUCAAUGGAAUUUACGAAACCAAUGAACUCAGUUCGUAAGCGUUUCCAAUCUGGUAGAUUCUCGAAGCCUUGUUUAUAGUCCUCGGCGGUGGAGCUGAGGAGGGAGAACCCUUCCAACACAAGUUGGAUCUCCUCGAGGUCGGACAUAGCGAAGGCAAGCUUUGAAAAUCCAAUGCGAUGAUGACAAGACGUAAAAUAUCCUGAUGUCCACAACGACCUCUCAGCCACCUUCUGCACACUUGUCUGGGUAUUUGUUUGUCAGCUCAGCAAUGCCACCAAUGGCAACGUUGCUGUUGCCGCCCAGCUGUCAUGCAGGAGCGAUGCCAAUCUCUGACCAGUAGAUGCGCAUCAACUUGAUUGUAUGAAUUUACGUCGUUGUCUUUGGAAACACACGGAAAAGUCGUCGUCAAGUGAAACUAUACGAAACUUUGGGCUCGUUAUCUAUGUCUGGCCCAGAUUCUUUCUGCAACACUACUUCAGGCUCUUCUCGAGUCUGUCUGCAGGGCUCUAGUAAGACAGAAUAACGAGGUCCAAAUCACCACCAUCAACGCCAAAGUAGCUUCGCAAACACGGCGGCAAUCACAGCAUGUCAGCUACAGCUGGCCAUUGGGGCACAGAUCAUACCUCGCCCAUAUCAAGCCUUUCCCGCGAUUGUAUAAACUGUUAUCAGAAUCUCUACAAUGCCCUAGGCAACUCAACCCCUGAACAAGCGACCGUGAUAGGGUUCAAUCGCGACAUCUCGAGCGCCUUGAUCUCGGAAUGCCACUCAACAUUCAAAUCGUGGGCCUCAGAUAUCGAUGCAGUAGAAAUGACACACUUGAGAAUGUCCCUUGAUACUCGGUCAAAGAGAGCUGCAGAGAUUCGUGAUCGAUGCUUGACGAUAUUGAGAGACUUGAGAAAUUCUCUUGAGACAGCUGUGAACAUUGUUUAUGCUAUUGCUCCAAAUGAGACAUGGUCUGUCGGUACUUGGAGCAAUGCGGGCACCUGCGGAGUCUUCAAGAAGAACCAAGAGAGCUCAGAGACGUCAGAGCUGGAUGAGCUUUUCGCCGCCAUAAAAGACGCCAACCGAAAUCUGAUAAAAGUAUCUUUGGUCAUUCGCACUUCUCCAAUUCGCGAUGACUACUCGAAAGCAGUCUCACGGUACCAUCUUGACCCUUACUGGGAUAUUAGCUACGUAAGAGAGAAGUGCGUCAGCAUGCGCAGCCAAUGCCUGAAGUCCAGUAACAAUUGCUCAGGGGAAUGGCUGAUUGAAAGAUUGGGAACAGCGAAUUCAAGGAGGCGUCAAUAUCUGAUGUAUCAACGAGCGCACAAUGACAAGUUCUCUGGAUUUGAGGAUGAAACUUCAGAAGAGCCGUCACCUCGCGACGAGAGCGAAACCUUCACUAGCUCCUUUACUUCUGCUAAACGAGCGACCCCAAUCAUGGUAGCCGCCCAGGCCUUCAAUGAAAAGGACCAUUAUGGGGACCAAGGCUCGUCCGAGAUACAGAUAUCAGAGGUCGCUACAAUGGGAGGCCAGGCCAACGAGCUCAAAAUGCCAGCUCCGCCUAAUGAGGCAUUCAAGGGUAUUCCUUUCGAAUACGGUCACCCUUUCAGAUGCCCAUAUUGCUAUACCGAAAGUGUGGUUAGAAACAAGAGAGCUUGGAAGUAAUUUUCAUAAUACGCUGCAUAUUUGGAUUUAGCCUAAUUACAUCUAGUAAACAUGUUCUACGAGAUUUGAAGCCCUA